GAGCCGGGGAGCCGGGGAGCCGGCGCGCGCCCCACCCGGGGAGGCUGCUUUUCGCCCGCCCUCCCAGCGACCGCGGCGGGAUGGAGGUGCUGCUCCGCGCUCCCGGGCAGGCGCGCAGGAGGGGCCGGGGGAGGCCGCCCGGGGCUCCCCGCCGCGGACUCUCGCCUCCCUGGAGCCCCGCCUGGCUUUGCUGCUGGGUGCUCGCUGGCUGCCAGGCGGCCUGGGCUGGGGACCUGCCCUCCUCCAGCCGCCCGCUUCCUCCUUGCCAGGAGAAAGAUUACCACUUUGAAUACACAGAAUGUGAUAGCAGUGGCUCCCGGUGGAGAGUUGCCAUUCCGAAUUCCGCAGUGGACUGCUCUGGCCUGCCUGACCCAGUGAGAGGCAAAGAAUGCACUUUCUCCUGUGCUUCUGGCGAGUAUCUAGAAAUGAAGAACCAGGUAUGCAGUAAGUGUGGCGAAGGCACCUACUCCUUGGGCAGUGGCAUCAAAUUUGAUGAAUGGGAUGAAUUACCAGCAGGAUUUUCCAACGUUGCGACAUUCAUGGACACUGUCGUUGGACCUUCUGACACCAGGCCAGUUGGCUGUAAAAACUCUUCUUGGGUUCCUUGUGGAAAUUAUAUAGAGUCAAAUCGUGAUGACUGCACUGUGUCUUUGAUCUAUGCUGUGCACCUUAAGAAGUCGGGUUAUGUCUUCUUUGAGUACCAGUAUGUCGACAACAACAUCUUCUUUGAGUUCUUUAUUCAGAAUGACCAGUGCCAGGAGAUGGACACCACCGCUGACAAGUGGGUCAAACUCACAGACAAUGGAGAAUGGGGCUCUCACUCUGUAAUGCUAAAAUCUGGUACAAACAUAUUAUAUUGGAGAACUACAGGCAUCCUUAUGGGUUCUAAGGCAAUAAAGCCAGUAUUGGUAAAAAAUAUCACAAUUGAAGGAGUGGCAUACACGUCAGAAUGCUUUCCAUGCAAACCAGGCACCUUCAGCAACAAACCAGGUUCGUUCAACUGCCAAGUGUGUCCCAGAAACACAUAUUCUGAGAAAGGAGCCAAAGAAUGCAUCAAGUGUGCAGAGGACUCCCAAUUUUCAGAGGAAGGAUCCAGUGAGUGUCAGGAGCGCCCUCCCUGUACCACAAAAGACUAUUUUCAGAUCCAUACUCCAUGUGAUGAAGAAGGAAAGACACAGAUAAUGUACAAGUGGAUAGAGCCAAAAAUCUGCCGGGAGGAUCUCACAGACGCUAUUAGGUUGCCCCCUUCUGGAGAGAAGAAGGAUUGUCCACCUUGCAACCCUGGAUUUUAUAACAAUGGAUCAUCUUCUUGCCAUCCCUGUCCUCCUGGAACGUUUUCAGACGGAACAAAGGAAUGCAGACCAUGUCCGGCGGGAACGGAGCCUGCACUUGGGUUUGAAUAUAAAUGGUGGAAUGUCCUUCCGAGAAACAUGAAAACUUCCUGCUUCAAUGUUGGAAAUUCAAAGUGUGAUGCAAUGAAUGGUUGGGAGGUGGCUGGAGAUCAUAUCCAAAGUGGGGCUGGAGGUUCUGAUAAUGAUUACCUGAUCUUAAACUUGCAAAUCCCAGGAUUUAAACCACCAACAUCUAUGACUGGAGCUAUGGGUUCUGAACUGGGAAGAAUAACAUUUGUCUUUGAGACCAUCUGUUCUGCUGACUGUGUUCUCUACUUCAUGGUGGAUAUUAACAGUAGAAGUACCAACGUGGUGGAAUCAUGGGGUGGAACCAAAGAAAAACAAGCUUACACCCACAUCAUCUUCAAGAAUGCAACAUUUACAUUUACAUGGGCAUUCCAGAGAACGAACCAGGGUCAAGAUAAUAGACGGUUCAUCAAUGACGUGGUGAAGAUUUAUUCUGUCACUGCCACUAAUGCAGUUGAUGGGGUGGCGUCCUCGUGCCGUGCCUGUGCCCUUGGGUCUGAACAGUCGGGCUCAUCGUGUGUCCCCUGCCCCCCAGGCCACUACAUUGAGAAAGAAACCAACCAGUGCAAGGAGUGCCCACCUGACACCUACCUGUCCAUACAUCAGGUCUAUGGCAAAGAGGCUUGUGUUCCAUGCGGGCCUGGGAGUAGAAGCACUCAGGACCACUCGGUUUGCUAUAGUGACUGCUUUUUCUACCACGAGAAAGAAAAUCAGAGUUUGCACUAUGACUUCAGCAACCUUAGCAGCGUGGGCUCCUUAAUGAAUGGCCCCAGCUUUACCUCCAAAGGCACAAAAUACUUCCAUUUCUUCAAUAUUAGUUUAUGUGGGCACGAGGGGAAGAAGAUGGCUCUCUGUACCAACAAUAUAACAGACUUCACAGUCAAGGAAAUGCUGGCAGGGUCAGAUGAUUACACAAAUCUAGUAGGAGCAUUUGUAUGCCAGUCAACUAUUAUUCCUUCUGAAAGUAAGGGUUUCCGAGCAGCCGUAUCGUCACAAUCCAUCAUUCUGGCAGACACUUUUGUAGGAGUGACAGUUGAAGCCACAUUGCAAAAUGUUCGUGUAAAAGAAGAUAUGUUCCCAGUUCCACCAAGCCAAAUACCAGAUGUACAUUUCUUUUAUAAAUCUUCUACAACGACAACAUCUUGUGUUAAUGGCCGAUCAACUGCUGUGAAAAUGAGAUGUAAUCCUAUGAAACCGGGUGCUGGAGUGAUUUCAGUCCCCAGCAAGUGUCCAGCAGGCACCUGUGAUGGAUGUGCCUUCUAUUUCCUGUGGGAGAGUGCUGAAGCUUGCCCUCUGUGCACAGAGCAUGACUUUCAUGAGAUUGAGGGAGCUUGUAAGAGAGGAUUUCAGGAAACCUUAUAUGUGUGGAAUGAACCUAAAUGGUGCAUUAAAGGAAUUUCUUUGCCUGAGAAAAAGUUAUCAACCUGCGAAACAGUUGACUUUUGGCUAAAAGUGGGAGCAGGUGUGGGAGCUUUCACAGCUGUUUUGUUGGUGGCUCUAACUUGCUAUUUCUGGAAAAAGAAUCAGAAACUGGAGUACAAGUAUUCCAAAUUAGUAAUGACAACUAACUCAAAAGAGUGUGAACUCCCAGCCGCAGACAGUUGUGCUAUCAUGGAAGGAGAAGAUAAUGAAGAGGAAGUUGUAUAUUCCAAUAAACAGUCACUAUUGGGAAAACUCAAGUCCUUGGCAACAAAGGAAAAAGAAGACCGUUUUGAAUCCGUUCAACUGAAAUCCUCACGACCCCCAAAUAUAUGAAAAGACAGCUCUGUAGCCUUCAGACUAAUGAACACAGAAACCUGCUCUCUAGUUUUCCAGGACCGUAGUUUAGAGCCUGUCCUCUUACCCAGCACGUUGGUAAUGUUACAGAGGAGGGCCUUGCCGCUGAAAAGGGAAGGAGGUUGAAAUGUUUGAUUGCCUUAUCACAUGGUCAAGUAUCUUGCCAAAAAUAGGAAAGCAAAUGGUUUGAGUCUCAACUGAAGAUGAAGCUCAACUCAGGAAGAGAUUUAUCUGUAUAUACACAUAACCGAAAACCACGGUUAAGCCCGCCAGUGCACUAUUGAUGCAUGCCAUAUAAUUAAUGGUAACUUUGAUUCUUUAUAACGUCUACGUAAAAACUGUGCUUUGGAGGGCAGAUGUUAGCAUAUGCAUUGUGAUCCCAUUUUGUCUUUUCUUUGUUUAUAUUUGGGGAAGAUUUGAAAAAUUUUUAAAGGUAUAGUUAUUUUUCCCAUUAUUUAUUUUCCUGGCAGACCUUAAAACAUCUUUUCUAUUAAAAAUGCUAAUAAAGACAAUAAACUUUUCAUUUUUCCAUAGGUUAUCUUUCUUGAUUUCAGAAGCCUACAUAAGUAGUAAUUUUUUAGGAAGAGUCAGAAGUAGUUUGGGUUAUCUAAACUUAUAAUCACCUUUGAAAUUCCAUUCUUGUUGGAGCUGGUAAGUGAGCUUAACUAAAAGUAUUGAAGGAAUCUUUAAAAAAAAAAAGGCAAGGAGGAACCUUGACUUUCCAUUAAAACAAACAAGUGACACUAGCACACAAGUCAAAUGGCUUAAAGUAGUUUAUGCAAUGCUUGAAGUAAAAUUGAAAAUGAGUGGGAAAGCUUUUUUUUAUGAGAUCACUUUGCAAAAUCAUGAAGAUGAAAGUGGGAUAACUCGUGUACAAGUACAGAUAACUGUACAAAGGUAUUGGGAUAAUUUUGUGGUUUCCAGAAAAUGGCAGUGGGAUAUUUGCCCUAUGUCAAACAUCAAAGGUUAUAUGGUUAUUAUUCUGCUACAAGAUUUUGAGGGUUAUGACUUCCGUGGAAGUUUUUCUUUUUAAGUCAGUAAAGCAGGAAUUCAAUUUUGGAAAACUGCAUAUAAUUGUAUUCAUAAUAAGAAUGUGGUUGUACCAUAAGCAGUUAUGAAAUAAGUGUUGUUCUUAUUCAAAAAUGAUCCAGAUAAUUGUGAUGUCUCCUGUGACAGGUUACUAGUCUUAGCACGUCUUAAAUAUUAUUUGUUGAAAGCAGUUUGAAUGAAGUUGGAUUUGAGCGAUUUUAUGUAAACCCUAAUUGUUUUGAACUGAGAAAGAGGGGAAUUUCCUGGCCAUUGAUGAUCCAAGGUGCUCUGGUUUGUUUCCAAUAAACAGUAAUCUUUAUAGAUCUUAAUGUAGAUUUUUAAAAAGACUGAUGGUAGGCUGAGAGAAGCAGAGCAUAGGGGCAGGUUUUGUUGAAUGUUUUGCCCCAUGUCUUUCAAUGAGGUAUAUUUGUAACUUUUGAUUUAGCAGGUGAUGUCUUUAUUUUUGUGGAAACUGGGAGAAAAUAAAUAAUUGCAUUUAUCUGGCUGAUAGGUAAAACACUGGACCAUGCUGUUAUUGUUGAAUGAAUGAAUGUUUGCUUUGUGUAUAUCUUCUACUGUUGGAUUCAUAAGUAUAGGUGAGGUUGCCAUUAUUUUAUGGUUUGUUGUAAGAUUCAGGGAGAACAUCACUCAAUAUAAACCUUUUUCUUGUUUAAUUUCUUAAAUCUUAUUGUAAAGAAGAAAUUAUUUUGGCACUGCUCAUUUUUAUCUUGCUAACAGUGCUGAUGAGCCUUUGCCCAUUUUAGCCAAAACUUAAACAGAAGAAUGAAACUACAUUUGAAAUGCACCCUUUUAGAGGAAACCUGCCAAAGUUGUAUAGCUGGACAGAGUCAGGAAGUUUCUGCACAGUCACCUGUCACUCUCUCUUCAUUGUCGACUGUGCGCAACAUGCAUGUGCCAAGCCAUAGAGAUAAUUGGAAUUUGCUCCAGGUAGCUUCUUUCUUCUCCUGUCACCGCACUAAAAUCUCUGACAUGUCAAAAUGCCUUAAAUUUUAAGAACUCUCUGAAAAUGUAGUUGGUAUUGAAGAAUUUAUUUAUUUCUAAUUUUAGAUAUUAAAUAAAUUUCAUCAGCUCAGUCCCAUCUUUGGAAUGGAGCUGCCUUUUUUGGGGGGGAUCCCAGUGCUUAUCAUUUUAUUCCACGCACUAAAGAAGUAUGAGAGAAAGAAUAUUAUGAGGAAAACAUUUAGACCAGUCCUGGCUAUAAAAUUCACUUUGGUUUUAAGUCUUGCCUUUGCAUAGCUCAUUGGAAUAUUGAAAGGCAUAGACAAAUUAUCUUGUUUCUAUGACUUUUAAUUGACAUUUGUUGUUUCUUUUCCCCCUGAAGUAAUAGAAGUUAUUUGUUAUUUUUCUAAAAGGCACAGUUUUGAAGCCUUAAAUACUUCAUUAAGUCAACUGUCACCUAUAAUAUCUCUUAGCACUCUGUCAAAACAUAUUUAAGUCAAUUUUCCACUGGAUGAGACUAUGUCUUCUAUGGAUAAAUUAUAUCAUGCCAUUUCACAAUGUUGAGCAAUUUGAUAUGUGUUCACUUGACUGAAUUUUAUUCUUGUUGACUUUCCCUCUCUUUGGUUACUAGCAAUCAAAUCCUUUCCAGGAUUAAAAAUGUUUCAUAGUAUUUUUGUGUAGCCUUUUGUCAUUAUUUUCUUCCCAAGGAGAAAAGGUGGUUUAAAUGGUUAUGUGGAAGAAUUGCUUGGGUCCAAUAAUUUACAAACUGGGGUCUCCAGAUUCCCAGGGGAUGGGUUAUGAUUGGCUGUGGUUUUCAAGGCCAAUAUGAUCAACUGUCCUUUGACCUAUGUCAAUAGAGCUACUUACUGUGGCGCAUGGUUAUUCCUAAUGAAAGGCUAAUGUGCAGAUCAUUUCUCUCUUCCUCCUGAUAGUAAAUUUCCUAGGAGUUGGGGUGGGAAGAUAACUUCAUUGUCAAGUGUAAAGUCACGAUGUUGCUCACAUUUAUCUUUUUACACAAAAGAUAUGUAGAGUAGACCUUGAGACGACUUAAAAUAGCUUCACAUCUAUUUUAUAGUAACCAUGAAUAUUAUCUCAGGUUUAAAGGCCAAGUUCUAAAUUAAGGUUGUCCUAAAGAAUAAGUCCCAAGGGUAAUAAACUUAAAACAAAAAAAAAGUUCCCAGCACCUGACUCACUCUCUGGAUGCUAAAAUAGAGUUCAUACUGUGUUUCCCUGAAAAUAAGACCUAACCGGAAAAUAAGCCCUAGCAUGAUUUUUCAGCAUGACAUCUGCUGAACAUAAGCCCUAAUGUGUCUUUUGGAGCAAAAGUUAAUAGAAGACCCGGUCUUCUUUUCGGGGAAACACGGUAGUAAGUGGCCAGAGAUUAUACUCUUGCUGGAUUUUAUUUGUUUUGGUUUAACAUUUUCAGAUGAGUUCAUUUUAGGAUCAAAAAUGAAGGAAAUAAAACUUUGUUAUGGGGAUGAAUAAUUAGAAAUCAAUUGAUACUGCGAUUGCACUUGAUAUUAAUUGAUAUUACUAUUUCAGUUGUUUAGAUCAGAGGCCAGCAGACUUUUUUCUGUAAAGGGUCAGCUAAUAAAUAUUUUUGGCUUUGCAGGACAUGUAGUUUCUGUUGCAGCUCUUCAACUCUGCCAUUGUAGCAUGAAAGCAGCCACAGACAAUAUGUAAACAAAUGGGUAUGGAGGCAUUCCAAUAAACCUUUACACUGAAAUUUGAGUUUCAUUUAAAUUUCACUUGUAAUGAAAUAUUAUUCCUCUUUUGAUUUUUUUCCCAACUAUUUAAAAUUGUGGAGGCAUUCUGAGCUCACAAGCCUUAAAAAAAACAGGAGAUAGGCUAGGCUUUGACCUGAGCUCUGGUUUGCUGACUCCUAGUUUAGAUCACUGCCAUCCACAAGCAGAAUUGUUCAGAAGAAUCUAUUUGCACACAGAGUCUUUGCCCUUUAGGAACUUAGUACCUUAAAAGUUUCUCAGGUCUCUAAAGAUGUUCAGGAAGAAAAUAACCCAUCACUCCCUCUUGAUGAUUUAAUCACCCAGCCAAAGACAAAGCCAGGUACUAUUCUGAGUUGCUCUUGUAGGUUUUGGACUCAGUUAUGGUUAUUGGUUAGCAACUGGUAAAACUAAAUAAAGCAAGAGACCUGGUUCAAAGUAAACCAGCAAGACUAAUUUAAAAGCCUUUUCUCAUUGGGGUUCACUUAACAUUUAUUGCUAAGGUAACUGGAUUUGAAGAUAAUAUUCAAUCUUGAAAUAGAGCCACUUAAAGUAACCAUAUGGAAAUAAGGGAUGUUGAUCUACAAAGUAGCUUCAGCAUAGAUUCUUAAGACCCAACACUGGAGAGGUUUUUUGCUUGGGUUUGGGAAGGACACACCUCAAUCCACACUCAUUUACCAAAUCUUGUUUUAAGACGUACUGAGCUGCAAAAGACAUUUAGGAUUUCUUUAAUGAUUGGUGGUUCAAAGAAGAGAGCUCCAAUUUCCUUGAACAAAAUGUCCCAGUAAGGCUUUCAAUUUGCUGCAGUUUUCCUCUUAUUAAUAACUGUUGAAAGAAGAGCUUUGUCUAACAUAGCUUGUGGAUAUUGAUAAAUUUGGUUUGGAGAGGGGCAAUAUUUCCUUAAUCUCAGAUGGCUGACUUUAUAUUACCAUUGGUUGAGUUAAAUAAAUGAGUUAAACUAAUGGGAAUUAUGCAAAGGUAAAUUUUCUGUCACAGAACAGGAGUGAUAAUUGUCUUAUUCAUGGGUGUGGGCCUUUGCGAUUAGAGCUAUGAUGGCUAUAAUCCACACAAGUGUUCCUUCUUCGUGGUGCCUCACUUUUCUGGGCUUCUCCAUGCUUACAGCCCUGUGCUGAAGAGCUCGGGGUCCCAAAGCUGUCCUGGUGAAUAAGGGAGGAAAGCAGGGGGCUGCCUGAGAGAGAGUGUGAGUUGAAG